UACUUCUGUACGAUCUCAACUACUACUUACACACGGUUGGGAUUUCACUUGUCCAGAUAUUGACAAUGAGCAACUCUGAGGAACCCAACGUGACUACAGCUCCACACAUAGUGAAAGAGGAGCUCAUAGCAGCAGGGAAAUGGGUGAAACUGGAGAAAACGACAUACGUGGACCCAGCUGGAAACACCAGAACCUGGGAGACUGUGAAGAGGACAACAAGGCAAACCAACACAGAAGCAGAUGGUGUGGGAAUCAUCGCCCUCCUGAAACGGACGCUCCAUAAAGACUGUGUAGUGAUGGUGAAGCAGUUUCGUCCUCCUCUGGGAUGCUGCACUUUGGAGUUCCCUGCGGGCUUGAUCGACGAAGGGGAAACUGCAGAAGCUGCUGCACUGAGGGAGCUGAAGGAAGAAACCGGCUACAAAGGGGAAGUAGUAGGAGUCACUCCAGUGACCUGUCUGGACCCCGGCCUGUCUAACUGCACCACCCAAAUCGUCCUGGUCAACAUCAAUGGAGACGAGGCGGGGAAUAUUAACCCGACACAACAGCUUGGUGAUGGAGAAUUCGUUGAAGUCAUUCUUUUGCCUCUCGAUGAAUUCCAGACGAAAAUAGAUGAUCUGCUGAAGAAAGAGAAAAUCGUGGUGGAUGCUAAAGUUUACAUCUUUGCCAUGGGAAUGGUUCAGGCCUUCUUCAAACCGAGGGAGCUCCCCGUCCUGAAGCAGUGAAGCAAAACGUCGAGGAUGAGAAUGGGAGGAAGAGAUAGUCUUUUCUGUUGCACAGGGCUCCUACACAGGACAGGAACAUUUGGAAAUGUAUUGAAACGGAUGAUUUCCAAAUUCUAAUAAGACACUGAAUGAAGAAUUACUCUUGCAUUGUGGUUUUAGACCCCUUGCAACCUCAUAUUUUAAUAUUUGUGUCUAUGAAGUGUAAUGACCAUCCAUAAAGCGAUGUGGCAGUUAGAAAGCACAAUGCAACUGUGUGUUUAGAUCAUAGUGAACACAAAAAUCUGGAAAUCAAAUUAUGAAAAAGCCUUGGAUAUAGAAAUUGAACCUAUGAAGGAGCCCUGUUUACACUACAUGUACUGGACCACUUGUUGCUCUCAGUAUGGAGGUACUACAAUACAUUUCCUAGGGUGGAAACAUACUCUGGUGGCCAAAUUUCAGUUUGCACACUUAAAACAGAAUUUGUUCCAGCCUUUAGUCUUGUAUGCCUUAAGUGACUAACAGUCAUUUCCAGUUUUUUUUUUUUUUUUAUGAGAUUAGAAGUCAUAUAAUGGGAUGCAAUUUAUUGUGAUUUUUAUUUAGUGAUUGUAAAACAUUCCUUCCAUGUGCUAACAUGAUGUUUUUCUGACUAUAGGAGAAAAAGAAAAUCACCUCAAAACAUUGAUACUGUUAAAAACUGGCUGUGAGUGAAGUAUGUUGCAACAUUUGCCCCAUUAGUUUGGUAUAUUCAUCAUUUUCUCUUGGAUAACAUCAGUGGUGAAUAUCAGGUCAUACAGAAAUAUCAGUCAAUCAAUCGAAAAAAAAUCAGAAAGCACUGGACAAAUAAAUCACUCAAACAAAUAUUCCCUAAAGGCAUCCUGGGAGUUGAAGGAAUUUGCUCAUUAACAUUAGAGAAAGUAAAUGAUCCAUUAGUCACAAUAACUCCUGCAAUGUAAUGACAGUAACAUACUUUGUCUAUUAACAGUGUUAAGCAGCUGAGUUUUUUUUUUCUUCCGAUGCCACUGUAAUAUAUAACAGAGGUACUGUACUGAUAAAAGCAGUUACUGAUUAAUAUGAAAUAUUCAAUGCUGUGCCUCCAACCUCAUGAUGGUGCAAUUAACUGGAUACUGAUGUUGUACUUUCCCUAGAAACUAGAAAUUACUGACCAAUGAAUAAAUGUGAUACUACCUUUGCUCUUA